UCAGCCCUCAAAAUCCUUGUUUCUAUGUGGUUAACUAGCGGAAAUUUAUCAUGGAAAUUUGUUCGAUUUUACACAAUACAAGAUCCCUAAAAUCCAUCCCGGUUCUCUUUCUGCAAACGUGCUAUCUCCUUGGAACGAUCAAAGCCAUUGGUGUCUGUUUACCAGACAUGGAACAGAAUUUAAAAAUGAACCCAACCAGCGCUGGUCUAUCACUGGGUUUAUUCGAUGCCUUUGCAUUUGGCCCCGGUCCAGUUGUGACGUACCUGUAUCAGCGACUCCAUGGGACCAAACGAAGAUAUCUUUUGGCGACAGGUGCAUUGUUCGCAACGUUAGGACUCCUUCUGGUAUCAAUGGUUAAUAAUGCUGUUCAGUUAUCUCUCUGCCUUUCGGCUGUCGGUCUAGGUUCCAACAUCCUGUCAAUUUCUAUGGUAAUAAACCUGAACAACCAGUCUGGCGAUGAUUUUGGAAUCUUCUACGGCAUUGGUAAAUCAGGAUAUGCCUUCGGCAUGGCCCUUGUGCCACUGCUGACUGAUUACCUGAGGGACAUAUAUGGUUGGAGAGGUUCCUUGAUGAUCAUUGGAGGUAUCAUGGGGCAUCUGAUACCACUGACCUUGAUAGUGGACUUCAAGGAAGUGAACGACGAAAUGGUUAAUCAUGGAAACCCACAUAGCCAUGAUCGGAGGACGGACGAGCUCUUGGAUACAAACAGUGAAGAAUCGACGUGUGGUGAAUCGAGAUAUCAGAGAGCAUCGCGUCGACAAAUGGAUAGGGAGCCAGCAAACAACGUUUAUACCAACGUUUGGCCAAUAAGUGAUAAAAGUGCAGAUGGAAGCACGAGCUACAAGCAGGAAGACAUCAACGAAAAGGCACAUGACGAAACAGCUUUAAUGCUGGAAUCCACUUCUGAACAGCAGAUUAUUUCAAUAGGUGAUGAGUCGGGGGCCGGUCUCCACGUCAUUGGUCGAAUAGAUUGCUCCAAAUUGUACACUGCCGGAUGCCAAAUCUUUACCGACUCCAUUUACAAUCAGGAUCGUUGGAUGAUCCUUUUAAUGCUAGUUGCCAUGGUGUACGCCAUUUUGAAUGGUGGUUGGUACUCCUUUCUCAUCCCACGCGCGGUGGCACUCGGUAUUCCUACCUCAAAGGCUUUAUGCAUAGCUUACUCGGCGGCCGUCGCAGCCUUUAUAGGACGCUGCUUCAGCGGAGUACUUUUAAAAUAUAAACGCCUAUCAGGGCAAUUCUUGUUUCUUUUCCUGACAUUUCUCAACAUAGCGUCACUUCUUGUGGAUAUCUGUGUCGCUAGUUUUGCGAUAAAGAUCGUAACUUCUUUUACAACGUCACUAACGAUUGCCGAGAGGAACAUUCUGGUAUUGGUCAUUUGCAAGGAUCGGGCUCCUCAGUCCAAGUUUCCCGUCAUACUUGCUUCAUAUGAGAUUGUGUAUGGGGUGGGAACUUUCCUCGGAUCUUUCUUAUGUGGUUACGUGGCAGACGUGACGGGGUCCUUCAACGCUUCAUUUAUGUUCAUCGCAGCGGUCGAUGCGAUUGUAUUCUUCCUCAUGAUCUCUCCCAUAAUUGGAGAGCAGUUUAACCGAACAUUAGAUAUGUGAUCAAUUGUAUUUUGUUCAAACAUUCCUGUUGGCGUUUCAUAAAGCUGAUCGCAAGAUACGAAUGACUUAACGCAUGAUUGUUGACCCUUCUUGUAAUAAAUGAUACAUCCCUAUGUCAUUUGUCUAGGACAUAAUAACAUGUUCCAGUCGUUCGUAAUUAAAGUUGUCCGUAACUUUAUGAGUAGGUUUAU